AUGUUAUCAAUAAUAUGUAGCCGCUCGUUUGUUACAAAUUCUAAAGUACGAAAAGUUGUAAUUAUCGGAGGAUCAGGAUUUAUUGGAAAAUAUGUAGCGAAAGUAUUUGCUCAAGAUGCUAAUACUUCAAUUCUAACGGGCGCACGACACUCAAAAAUCGAUGACCUAAAAUUGUCGGGGAAUCAAGUCCUUCCACCUAUGAAAUGUGACAUAACUUCUCAAGAUGAAGUCUUAAAAACAUGUGAAGGAGCCAAUAUAAUUGUAAAUUUAGUUGGGAUAAUGCAUGAAAAACCUCCAAUAUAUACUUUUGAAAACGUUCAGCAUUUAGGCGCAAGAAAUGUUGCGAUAGCUGCCAAGCAAAAUGAUGCGCAAUUGAUUCAUAUUAGUGCUAUUGGUGCAGAUCCUAAAAGCGAGGUUCCUUAUGCUAGAACUAAAGGAUUGGGAGAGGUUGCAAUACGCGAAAUAUAUCCGAUAGCAACUAUUAUAAGACCAAGCAUUGUAUUUGGACCAGAAGAUGAUUUCUUUAAUAGAUUCUCAAAAUUAGUUAGAUUAUUACCAUUCGUGCCAGUUUUCGGUGGUGGAUCUACGAAAUUUCAACCUGUAUAUGUAGGGAAUUUGGCAAUGGCUGCUGCUAAAGCAAGCAAUCAAUCUCUCAAGUUUCAAGGAAAAGUUUUUGAAAUUGGUGGCCCAAAAGGAAUAAAACGUCCAAUUCUCUCUUUACCAUGGCAAAUUGGACUUAUACAAGGUUACUUUCUUGAAAAGCUACCAAAGAAUUUGUUUACUAUUACACGUGAUCAAAUCAAAUUGCUUAAGAAAGAUAACGUUGUCUCGAAUAUGGAAGGAAUUUUGACUUUAAAAGAUUUGGGAAUUGAACCGACUCCGGCUGAGAAGGCAAUGUUAAAAAAUUUUAUAUUAUUAUUUAUUUACUUUUAA